CUAGCUAGCAAGACGACAUAUGUAAUAACAUGACACAGCGGCGCGCAUAGCCACAAUUUGGCAGAUGAGUACUACUUUAUCCCCCGCCACUUCCAUGCACACACAGCACCACCCCAUCCCUUCUCCUCCAUUGCUUCGCUUCACUCUCCCCAGUAUCCUCGUACCUUCCGGGGACGUCAAGAUCCAGAAUCCCAAACCCCACCUCAAAAUAUUUGCUUUCUCCUCACCUGCAAAGGAUGUCUGGCGAAGAAAAACCCAUGUCCCACUCACACCCACCAAUACCACACCCCACCAGCCUCACCGGCGAAACCGGAACUCAGCAUUUCUGGACCACAGCGUAGAUAUGGAAGAACUGUUAUCCUCCAUUGGUCAGACCUCCGACGAGCAUGAACUCUACUCUUUGAUGUCACUCUACAAAAGCCGCAGCCUCUCCGUCAGAUUCAUGGUCGCGCUGCUCUCACGUGAGCCCGACUGGCAACGCUCGCUUGCUUUACUCGAUUGGAUGAAUGAGGAAGCACUGUAUAGUCCAUCCGUGUUUGCUUACAACGUGGUCUUGCGUAAUGUGCUACGAGCAAAGCAGUGGGAGGUUGCCUACGGACUGUUUGACGAAAUGCGGGGGAGAGCUCUGUCUCCGGAUAGGUAUACUUAUUCUACUCUGAUUACUCAUUUUGGGAAAGAGGGUCUUUUUGAUGAUGCAUUGUCUUGGCUUCAGAAGAUGGAACAGGACCGCGUGCCCGGGGAUUUGGUUUUGUACAGUAAUUUGAUUGAGUUGUCCCGUAAACUCUGUGAUUACUCCAAGGCGAUCUCAAUUUUUUCAAGGCUGAAGAGGUCGGGGAUUGCCCCCGAUCUCGUCGCAUAUAAUUCAAUGCUUAAUGUGUUUGGGAAGGCUAAGCUUUUUGGGGAAGCACGGUCAUUGAUUAGUGAGAUGAGGAAGGCAGGGGUUAUGCCAGAUACAGUUAGUUACUCAACACUGUUGACUAUGUAUGUUGAGAAUCAAAAGUUUCUAGAGGCUUUAUCUGUGUUUUCGGAAAUGAGGGAGAGUAGGUGUUUGCUUGAUCUCACCACAUGUAAUAUAAUGAUAGAUGUGUACGGGCAGCUUGAUAUGGCGAAGGAGGCAGAUAGGCUGUUCUGGAGUAUGAGAAAAUUGGGGAUCGAGCCAAAUGUGGUUAGCUAUAAUACUCUUUUGAGGGUUUAUGGUGAUGCCGAGCUCUUUGGGGAGGCAAUACAUCUGUUUAGGUUGAUGCAGAGAAAGAAUAUUGAGCAAAAUGUUGUGACGUAUAAUACUAUGAUAAUGAUUUAUGGGAAGACGCUUGAGCAUGAAAAAGCUAAUAAUCUGAUUCAGGAGAUGCACAGCAGGCGCAUUGAGCCCAAUGCAAUUACUUAUUCCACAAUAAUAUCGAUAUGGGGUAAAGUAGGGAGGUUAGAUCGGGCGGCAAUGCUGUUCCAGAAGCUUCGAAGCUCUGGUAUUGAGAUUGAUCAAGUUCUUUAUCAGACAAUGAUUGUGGCAUAUGAGAGAGCUGGUUUGGUUGCUCAUGCCAAACGUUUGUUGCAUGAACUCAAGCGCCCAGAUAAUAUUCCAAGGGGAACUGCCAUUCAUAUCCUUGCUGGAGCUGGAAGAAUAGAAGAAGCCACUUGGGUGUUCAGACAAGCCGUUGAUGCUGGAGAGGUCAAAGAUAUAGCAGUCUUUGAGCGCAUGAUCGAUCUUUUCUCCAAAUACAGAAAGUAUGCAAAUGUAAUUGAGGUGUAUGAGAGAAUGAGAGCAACAGGAUAUUUUCCCGACUCUAAUGUGAUAUCCCUUGUUCUGAAUGCUUAUGGCAAAUUACACGAGUUUGACAAGGCAGAUGGCGUAUAUAUGGAGCUACAGGAUGAGGGUUGUGUUUUCUCAGAUGAAGUUCAUUUUCAAAUGCUGAGCCUUUGCGGCUCGAGGAAAGAUUUCAAGAUGGUUGAAACUUUGUUUGAGAGGCUAGAAUUAGAUCCCAACAUUAACAAAAAGGAUCUACAUCUUGUUGUUGCUGGCAUUUAUGAAAGAGCAAAUAGACUAAAUGAUACAUCGAGAAUUAUCAACCAGAUGAGUGACGAAGUAAGUCGGACGUGAUUUUCUUUAUAAGCUACUCUUCUGUUGCCUACAUUGAGUUUAUCAGCUGUUGUAAAUUGCAGCCUUU